GGAGGAGUCACCUACCGGCCUGCCGACGUGGCGGGGCGGAAGAGGAGCCGCUGUCUGGCACCAAACGGAUCACCAUGUCCCAGGCUGCCCCCUCUGAUACAGACCCCUCUGUAGACACCACCCAUCCACCUAAUCAACCCCCCCACACUGAACCUGGGUCCUGUCAGGAUGUUCCAGCAGCCCUUCCACCACCAUCAGUACCUCUUCAGCCUCCUUUGACCCCUGAGAGUUACAACCUCCCACAGUCCACCGAGGAGAAGACCACUGAGGACACCACCACCACCACCACCAAGAUUGACACUUCAGAGGGCCCCACUGACCAUCCACAGCAUGCCCCUGAGGGUCAGGUGAUCGAAUGUGACCAACCAGUGAGCCUGGAGCCGGACACAGAGGCUACAGAGGAGGAUGUGGAGAAGUCACUUCAGGAGAAAGAAAAAGGCUGGGGAGGUUGGAGCUCAUGGGGAAAAUCUCUUCUGAGCAGUGCCACCUCCACAGUCGGCCAGAGCCUGACCUCAGUUAAGGUGAAGGCAGGAGAGGCUCUGCGUCUCCACAGGACCUCAGUAGGAGAGGAGGCGCAAGAGGAGGAGGAUGAGGGAGCAGAGGUGAAGAGAGAGGGAGGAGGAGAAGGUGGAGAGCUUGACUUGCCCACCUCCGAGGAGUCUUCUUCUGCGAGUGCAGUAGCUUCUAGCAGGGGUGUUUUCUCUACAAUCACACAUGCUGUGCAGAACACAGGUAAGUCAGUGAUCAGUGGAGGUCUGGACGCCUUGGAGUUCAUUGGAAAAAAGACCAUGACUGUUCUUGCUGAGAGUGACCCGGGUUUCAAAAAGACCAAGACCCUGAUGCAGAAGACUGCAUCACUGAGUCAGAUGCUGAAGGAAGCCAAGGAGAAGGAGCGGGCGCGUCUGAGCAACCAGCCAAUCAGUGCACCCACAGCUCACUAUGGUAUCCUGUUUGACGACUACCAGGGCUUGUCACACCUCGAGGCCCUGGAGAUUUUGUCCAAUGAGAGUGAGGCCAAGGUUCAGGCAUUCCUGUCUUCCUUGGUGGAGGAGGAGCAGGAGGAGGUGAAGAAGGAGCUGAUUUUAAUCAAAGAUAUUUUCAUCAAGCGAGAGGAAGAGAAGGAGGAAGGAGAGGAAGAAGAAGAAAGAGAAGGAGAACAGACGAAGGAUAACGGUGAUCUAAGUUCCCAAUUACACUGUUCUACCCCCCUGUUUGCUGAUGGUGAGGAGUUUGUCAGUGUUCUGACGGAGCUGCUGUUUGAGCUUCAUGUUGCUGCCACGCCAGACAAACUCAACAAGGCUCGGAUGAGGGCCCAUGAUUGGGUGAGCGAAGUGGAACAGCCUGUCACUACGGAGACAGUUGGCAGGGAAACGCAGGACCAGCCGGGAGGAGAGGCCUCGUCCGUAGAGAAUGAAAUGGAGGAGAAGAAGAAAGAUGGAGAGGAGCAGGGGGAGGAGAUGAAGGGAGGAGAGGAGGAAAAGAAGGAGAAAGAGAAUGACCCCAGAUCUGUAGAGGCAGUCUACCUGUCAUCAGUGGGAAGUCUGGCAGAAGUGACAGCUCGCAGUAUCGAGCAGCUCCACAAGGUGGCAGAGCUCAUCCUCCAUGGCCAGGAGUUAGAGAAACCAGCCAGAGACCAGGCACACAUCCUAACCAGGUUGACAUGUGCCAUGUGUAAAGAGGUGGAGUGUUUGGCCAAGAAGUUCUCUGAUACGAUGGUUCUUGUUGGGAACCAGAGGAAAGCAGAGGAGUUGAAUCCACUGGUAGACAGUGUGCUGCUAGAGGGCUCCAACAGCACCAACUACAUCCAGAAUGCAUUUCAGCUGCUGCUUCCCAUCCUGCAGAUCUCCCACAUCCAGAGCCAGCACUGCCGACCCACUACAGAACCAACAUCACAGACACAACACUAACACACACACACACACGUGCUACCUGCUCACCAGCUUGUCUUAAUAUACAGUAUCUAUUGUUGUACAGUGAGGUAUAGAGAUUAGAUUAUUCCAAAUUAAGUGCUUAUAUCUACGUGAAGUGCCACAGCUACAGGCCGAAGAUGUUUAUAUGUGCAGAAUAUAAUCCUUAAGAUAACAAUUUAAUUAACAGAUACAUGGAGAAGUGAUCCACCUUGUGUCUCUGAAUGUUAUUUUGUCUGUGCUUUGCAGCUGACACUUUGCUUUGAGAAAACAAAUGGUGUUCAGAGUUGACUGAAGCUCAGCUGUGACUCACUCUGUCUGACAAACAAAGACGUUUCUCUGCCAUCAAAAUACUGAACCAAAAACAGAACAUAACUCAGUGUGUUGUCUUGACUCUACGUUAACGUAUAUUAAGCUUUCUUUGCACUCCUUAUGAUCCAUUGUAAUUUUGUCAGAAGGAACUUUGAAUAACACUAGUGAAAUGUCUGUUUUACUGAAUUUUAUUCUGGUUUGAGACUAAAUGCCAGUAUUAGUGAUGAUGAUACACCACAAUUUUUGCUUCUCUUUUUUGUUUUGUUUUGUUAAAUUAUAUAAAGCAACACUACCUUAUAUUUCACUUUUAUCCAGUUUGAUUUGAAAGAAAAAACAGAUCUUCAUACUUUGAAUGAGAAAACAUUUCGUUCUCCUUCUCGCUUCUUGUGUACAUUAAAGAGUGUAGGUGAAUUCAUCUCUGAUUUUGUUUAGUUGGGCUGCUGUACUUUAAAGAACAGUUUGACAUUUUAGGAAAAAGAAAAAAUCAUAUUUCUCAACUUGAAGCAGGCAUUAGCCAAAGCAUGUCGGUGUGUUUUAAUUUUCUCUUGCCCUCUUGAAUAAAGGCUUUUAAUAUUGUUUGGCCAGGAUCUCUGGAUUUAUACACUUCUUGAUCCCCAGAGUAAAAUAUAUCAUCAAUUUUCCACUUUUAUUUUUCCCCCCUUUUCUUUGACCACCUGUGGAGUUUCAGCAGCAAUCCUGAGGUGCUCACAGUGCAUCUGUUUUUUAAUAUCCAGUGUUAGAUUGACUCUUAGCUUCCAGCCCACAGUUAUUCAGACCUCUGUAAGAUGUGAAGAAGUGCUCUCUUUCCCUUCUUUACUUCUCCCCUCUCCCCUUUUAGAGAUGCACUAAUACUGACAAGAAAGCCAUUAAGCAAAGAAAAUAUUAGUCAUUCCUGCCGUAAUGGUUUGGCUCCUUUCAGCUAUAGCCAGAUGGAGGAAGGCUGUUUAUCUGUGCUUCUUCCGUAGAAUACAAAAUGAUUUGUAAUGCGAGUUGGAAAAUGUUUGGAGGCCAAGUUGUUUAACUUUUGACAGUUUACUAAUGUGUUAAGCCUGCCUUCUGAUAAAGCGCCCUGAGACUGUUUGAGGAUGAGACGUUGAAAAUAAAUAUGUUUUAACCAUU